AAACUUCACCUCCAUUCACCCUGAUAGUGAACAUUGUCUUACUCUAUAUUGUGGGUUAUUUAAAGUGUGAUAUAAAGACCACGUUCGGAAUAAUUGAAUCUGUAGCUAGAUCAUCUGUACCAUUACCAAGUUACUUAUAUUAAUUAGUGGCUAUUAACUUUGAGAUGAAAACUGUGAUUUGCUUCAUAAGUUGAUAACUGACAACCUGCAAGGAACCUACAGCUGACAACCCUCAAGGUGUGCCAUCCUUUGGGAGAAGACGCGGAACGGAAGAGGCAGCCCCAUUGUUUUCAAGAUCAUCUCCUUGAUGCAUGCCAUGAUACCCAUGCGCUGUUGGAUAGUCAUCGCCCUGAUAUCCGGGGCAUUGAUGGCAUCCCUGACAUCCCUAGCGAUUGCAGAGUCUGCGAAAGUGAUGAACAAGUGGAAACGAACUGGAAUUUUGGUUGGUGGCUCGGCGGACGCGUCCAACCCAACAAGAAGUGCAAGAAUUGGAUGUGGAAACAUUUAUUACCUCAUUCCAGGCGAGGAUCGUAUUGUCAGAAGUAUUAACGGCAAAGGUGAAAUUUUCUGUAGAACGAAAUUCACUAGUGAAAACUCCAGAGUAGGAAUUUUUUGUCCCAAGUUCCUUCUUCACAAGAGAGGGUGCAGCAUGGAGUCCAUGAAGAUUACCGGGGGAAAGAGGAAAAAAAGAUACUGUGCGAAAGACGUACCUGAUAUGAUUUCUACCGGGAAGUCCCUGGCAAUUUAUUAUAAACGGAAGAAGUGUCGACAAAGAAAGUGCAGAAACGGUUUUGUAUGUCGCGUUUAUGCUCUGCAGGCAACACCCGCACCUCCAGAGGAAGUUUCUCCAGAUUCAAGUCCCAAACUGCCUGAGCCUUCCUUACCUCCUUUGACUGGAGUACCGCCGUCUGAUCGACUCUUGUGCAGCGAGUGUGGAUGGACUGAGAGACUCAGCCAGGGUAUCCAAAAAAAAAUCCGUUUUGCAACUGAUAAACGGAAGAGGAAGAGGAAGCAAAAGAAGAGCGAGACCGGACCUAACAAGAAGAAAAGAAAACAAGUGAAAAUGAAAACUGUGAAAACAACAGAACCAGAAAAGCAAACACUUCAGGAGACAGGGAUCGACAGACGCAGAAGACUGACUACUCAAGAGAAAGGCGAAGGCAGGAAAGACAAGUCCCUUGAUAACAGAAUCGUCGGAGGGAUCGAGGCUCUCCCAGGAGAAUACCCUUGGGCAGUGGUCUUCAUGAAGGCCACUCAAAACGGCAGUGUGUCCGGCUUUUGCGGUGGAAGCCUCGUCUCUUCUUCCUGGAUCAUAUCUGCUGCACAUUGCUUUAAUUAUGUGGCCAACCCGUUGGAUGUGUUGGUGAUGUUAGGUAGAUGCGACCUUCCAGACAGCAGCGAGGGACUGUUGAAGAUAGUAGAGGUCAUCAUUCAUCCAGAAUUCAGCCCCCGGAGUGAUUUUAGUAACGACCUGUCUUUGGUGAAGUUAGAAAAACCAGUCGGUUUCACUUCCAGCAUCAUACCAAUCUGCUUAGCGACACUAGAAGACGACCCUCUUCCUUCCAACGCAACAGUUGUCGUUGGCUGGGGGCACACACAGAGUGGUGGAUCUUGGUCGAGGAAGCUCCAAUCAGUGUCAGUGGCAGCCAUUUCUUUAGAAGAGUGCCAAACACUCUAUGAGGGUACUUUUGUCAUCACACCAGUCAUGUUGUGUGCUUACUCCCCCGGAAAAGAUGCUUGCCAGGGUGACAGCGGAGGCGGUUUGGUCAGGCUUGCUUCCGAUGGCCGCUGGGUAUUAGUAGGCAUCGUAAGCUUCGGUAAAGGAUGCGCAGAAGACAACGCCCCUGGAGUGUACGCCCGGGUAUCCUCCUUUAAUUCGUGGAUUUCGGAGAUAACGAGUUCAUAAGAAAUGAUGUUUCGGUUUACAGGAAUCCAACAUUCUUCAUCAAGCAGCCAGCGGUCUCAGAAGAACGAAGUGGAUGCCUGUUUCCAUAACUAGGAUUUAAAAUCUCUUUAUUUGGUGAUAUUAAGUUGGAACCCAUAAAACUAGGAAGGAACUUGUAUUUGUAAUUAUGACCCUCAAGCUUUCAAACCUGACCUUAUACAUAAGUUCCGGAUGAGGAUACCGAAGUACUGCUUUAUCUGCCAUACUUCUGUGUUUUUGUUUAUCGUGAAAACUGAUGUUUAAUUUACUGAUAGAGCUCGGCAUUUUGAAAACGAGAUUUGACGAUGACUUGUGAAAUAUAUUGCAUUGCUGUAAUACAAAAGGUAGAAUUUAGUUAGAAACCAUUUGACAGAAAAUAGGUAAAUCAUGUGAAAAUGUGUUCUGCAAUAUCUUAAUUAGUUGCCUUAAUAAAGUUGCUGUACUUAUAUUUCAUGGCAGCUUUAUAGGAAAUACCCAGGGAGGAGACUACGUAAUGUCGCCAUGUUGGCAGUGGUAGAUGCCGUCAACUCCUCAGAAAACGUGAAAACAACAGACACAACAGGAUCAGCAAUCCCAACAAGAUGAUUUGCGAUCAGUGAAACUCGAGGAUAAGAAGUGGGCUGUCGACCAGAUUUCCUUCAGAGCUAGAUGAAGAUAAGAGGACAAAUUAAACUUGUUCGCUGUGGCAAGUGGAGACAGUUUUAUCAUCUUGAUAAACACUCCAAUCAAACGAAAGCGAGAUAAUUAUACUUAUCAGGUGAAGUAAAUCUAGAACUUUUGACGGACGCUUGGUUUCUUAAUUCGUCGUCAUUAUCGUUCAAGUUGUACGUCAAGUUUUCCCUGUACAAGAUUGAACAUCUGACAGAUUUUCUCCAUUCUAUUCAGUCUUACAGAUUUUGUGUUGCUUUCAAGAGGAUUGGAGGAUAUUAGAAUAUCCUUGGAAAGUGCACAUGUUUAAAUUGAACAAGCUAUUAGGCUAAGGCCUUAUUUCUCGUGCUCUUUAAAGAUCAAGGUACAUUACCUGGCAUAGUAUUAUAAGGAUAUCCGCCUAGAAAUCAUACUGCUACAGUGCCUAGUUCAUGUGCCACCCGAAAGAACAAUGAAAACAAUCUCAGAAUCAACUCCAGACAUAAUCAGUCAUUAAUAUCUUAUAUGUUAUGAGAAAAAUAAGGUGAAAUCAUUGGUAAAGUCAGUGAUUGGUGAAUCUUGGAAGGAUUUACAGUUGUCUUUUCUAGAAACCAAAAUCUAGAGGUUUUGCAGUUGCACACCGAUUUUCCUGCUGCCUGAUGAUUUUAUAGUUUGCCAACGAACACUUUGCAACCACUGCCUGCGAGAAAUGGGAUAUCUUUACUUUCGUUCUCUUUCGUCCUUGUAUUCAAUCAGUGGUUGCUCAGUAUCACUUAUAUAUCUGUUGAAGCCGGCGAAAAGAAUAUUACAUAAUUCUUAGAUCUAAAUACCUUAUUGUAUGUCGUGCCAUUACGUGAGAAAGUUAGUCAUCCUUAGUUAUUAAUUUGCGAGGUAGAGGAGAUUUCCGGAGACUGUCCCAAAGACUUCAUCUCAUCUCGGCUUAUUAUUAUUAUUAUUAUU